CGGCACUUCCCUGACCAAAGUCAACACACGGGGCCCUUCGACAGGACCGGCCCUCAACGCCGUCCCCAUCACCGCUCAAGGGCCCACGUGUACGGGUGAUGGAGCCCAACGUCCUUCGAUUGAACCAAGGUCGCAGUAGCGGAGUCGUCCCUGCUGGUGGGUGUCACCAAGGCCAAGCCAAGCUCCCCGUCCCUUUUGCCGGCGUUGGCGCGGCGCGGCGUGGCGCGGCGGAGUGACCGGCGGGCAGGCGGCGUGGGACCGGUCCGGCGCGGGCUGUGCGAGGGCAUAAAAGCUCGCCGGCACCCGGGUGCGGCCUGUAGUGCACCAUGGCCGCCGGCCGAGGGUGGUUGUCGCGCGCGCUCGUGCGCUCGGCGCUCGUGCUGGCCGUGCUGGGCGCGUGCUCGUGCUCGCCCUGGGGCCAGGACGACGUGGACCGGCUGCGCGAGUGGCAGGAGCGGCAGGACGAGCGGCUGCGGGCGCAGCAGCGCGGCCUGGAGGAGCGCCAGCGCCUGCACGACGACCUGAUGCUGGAGCGGCACUUCCUGCAGUCGGACCUGCAGCUGCACCGCGAGCGCCAGCAGGACGACCACCAGUGGCAGCGCGACGAGCGCCUCAACGACCACCAGCGGCUGCGCGACGACCUGCUGCAGGAGCGCCAGGUGGAGCAGUCGGACCGCCAGCUGCACCGGCAGACGCUGCAGGACCAGGGCAUCGACGAGCGGCAGCAGCUGCGCGACGAGCUCGAGCGCGACCGGGAGGGCGAGACGGAGGACCUGCGCCGCCAGCGGGAGCAGCUGCGCGACCAGACGCGCCGCGACCGCGAGCGCACGGACCGCGAGCGCGAGCACGAGCAGAACCGGCGGGAGCGCGAGCAGCACCGGCGCCAGCAAGAGCGCGAGCGCGAGCAGCAGCGGGUCGAGAGGGAGCGCGACCUGCGGCUGCAGCGCCGCCGCUGGAGGAGGGCCGCCGACAACGCCACGGCCGAGGACAAGGCCGAGGCCAAGGCCGAGGCCCCGGCCGUCAAGUCGUACGAGGGCGCGCAGCUCUGGAGAGUGCAAGUCUCAGAGGGCGACGUCGCCAACCUGCAGCGGGUGGAGGAUGACGGAGUGGCCCAAAUAUGGUACAGCAACGCGACCGUGUGGGACCUGAUGGUGAACUCGGAGAACCAACCCCACGUCAGCAAACUCCUCGCCGACAACAAGCUCGCCUACACUGUCGUCAUCCCGGACAUGCAGCGCGCCAUCCUGGACGAGAACCCAGCCCUGUCCGACGACGAGCUGGAGCUCACCGGCAGGAAGGGCCACCGCAUGACCUGGCAGCACUACCACCGCGCCGCCGACAUGCACGGCUGGCUGGACUACCUGGCCAAGACGUACCCGUCCGUGUGCGAGACCCUGGUCAUCGGCAACUCGGUGGAGGGCAGGCCGCUCAAGGUGCUGCACAUCAAGGGCAAGCCCGGCAGCCCCGCCAUGUGGGUAGACGGCGGCAUUCACGCGCGUGAGUGGAUCACAUCCGCCUCCGUCUCCUACAUGAUCAACGAACUCGUCGAGAACCGGGACGCGCACAGUGCCUGGGUCGACGCCGUGGACCUGUACGUCCUGCCGCUGGCCAACCCCGACGGGUACGAGUUCUCCCACGCCGGGGACCGAAUGUGGAGGAAGAACCGCCGCAGGGGGGGCGGCUGCGACGGCAUCGACCUGAAUCGCAACUUCGGCUACAAGUGGGGCGGCAAGGGCGCGGGCCCGCAGCCCUGCCAGGAGAUCUACCGCGGCUCGGCUCCCUUCUCGGAGCCGGAGACUAGCGCCAUCCAGAGCUUCGUGCUGGCGCGCAAGGCGAGCCUCAAGUCGUACCUCAGCUUCCACAGCUACGGCCAGUACGUCCUGUACCCGUGGGGCUACGACCGCUUCGUGCCGCCGGACCACCAGGACCUGCAGCGCGUCGGCACCAAGAUGGCCAACGCCAUGCGCGCGUCCAGCGGGCUCAGCUACACCGUGGGCUCCUCCGCCGCGCUGCUCUACCCUGCGUCCGGUGGAUCCGACGACUGGGCCAAGGGCCAGGCGGGGCUCAAAUACGCCUUUACCGUGGAGCUGCGGGACACGGGCCGUCACGGUUUCGUGCUCCCCUCUAGCCACAUCCUGAGCUCCGGCAAGGAGGUCCUGGCGGCCGUGCGCACACUGGCGCAGGAGGUGGCCCAGCUCUAAACCUCGACUACCUGUACUUUACGAAGAGUCGAAUGGUAUCGGGAGCACUCUAUCUUCUGCGAAGAUUCCCGGAGCCGCGCGCUUCCACCGAUCCGGGGACGUGUUGCUGCAAGCAAACGAAUCUCCGACGAAUUUCGAGUGCCUUUCUAUAUUAUAAUUAUCUUUUUUAAAAGGCAGAAUAGUAUGCGCGAGUCAAAUCUAGGAGCCCGCGCCGACUGUGCAUUGAGGCUUGAGGGCCACGCACGCCAAAGACUGCCUCCUAGUUCUUAAGUUAUAGUUAUUGCGUAGUUUGAUAAAAACAUUUAAUUUGACUAUUGUUUUUAUUUUAUUUUUGUUUUAAACAUGUGUGCGAUUUUUGGCGUAAAUAACCCGAUCUCAAAAAAAUAAUAUUUUUGUCCUGUGUGUCAAUUGUACAUAAAUACAUUUUGAUCGUAUGGCAUAUUACUUGUUUUGUUUCAGAUCGCACUGACUGAAUAAAAGUAUUAUUAAGACCAAA